GAAGCACUUCUAGCAGAAAGGCGGAUCCCUCUCGGUUACUUUGCCUUUCAGAACUUCUUUAGAGCCUGUUUUUACCUGCCACUCCUCAGUGGUUCACCCCAAAUCCAACAAAAUUUGCUUUACUAAGCGUCAAACCGCUGUUUUAUCCAGCCGUGUGUUAAGACCGCGCUCACCGCGACGACAGGAAGAGCGUGGCGUUAGCUAGCUAACUUUUAACGCACUAGCAUUUAACUUGACAACUGCCCUGCAGCACAUUAGGGAAGGAGAGCCACCGGAGCAAACACAGGAAGAUGGAAGAUAUCGAUAAGCAAUUGCUGUGGGCAUUGAAGACCGGGGAUAUGGAGGAGGUGGAAACCAAACUAGUAACGGCUGAAGAUGUAAACCGGGUCUUGGUCGGAGGGAGGAGGCCUCUGCACCAUGCUGCAGACUUUGGUCAGACAGCUGUGGCCAAGUACCUUAUUUCUAAGGGAGCAGAUAUUAAUGCUCCGGACAAACAUGGGCUCACUCCACUGAUGACAGCCUGUUUGGAGGGUCACAUCUCCUGUGUCAAGCUCCUGCUAGAAAAGGGAGCUGACAAAGACGUAAAAGGACCGGACGGCCGCAGUGCCUUUGAAGCUACCGAAUCCGAAGCCAUAAAGUCUCUGCUCAAGUGAGACACCACAGUGUGGGAGGUGGCUGGACAGGUGGGUGAACGGGCAGACAGAUGGAUGCAGUGGUCCCCUGACAGAAGAUGGACUUGCCCCUUUUACCCCAAUCAACCUCUGUCUUAACACUGCGUUUGUCUGUUUGUUGGAGGGUCGUUUUGUCUGUCUGGUGAUUUUCCUUUACUUUAUUUUUUUCUCUCUUUCCCCCAAGUUUUUUGGGAUAGGAUUUUCUCUUGGCCUCUGUUUGUAGCCAUUUAACAGAAGGACUUGUCAAUUAUGACUCCCUUAGGGACCAAACGCUGGGGGAGCGCUCUCGCACCUGGACCCUAGAACACAGCUCAGACUAGAAAUCACACUCUAUAACGUAAACGCAAAGCUUAGCACUUAUACUUAUUUCUCAUUUGCAGUUCUCUCUUGGAAAUCAAACAGUAAUAGAUCAAUAGUGUGUUAACAUUUUUUUACAACUUCAGUGUAAGUAUUGUACGGCCAGGGCCUAAUCUCAUGUAAUGAACAGUAAUUGCACUGUACCAUACUAGAUAGACGGAUAAGAGUGGUUGUAAAGUCUCAUUAUGUGUGGACUCUUCCUCUACUUUGAUUUCUUUUUUAAAUAGACCAAACUGUCCCUCCAAUCCAAUCUUUAAAUUUUGAAAAUGCUGGUUGAGAGAGGUCCAGGGGUCAAAUUUUCCUUUUCUACUCGGCAUAUCACUUACAUAUCAAACUGAGUUUUUUGGCAAAUUUUACGUAGCUAAUGCUUUAAAGAUACUCUGUGUUCUUUGACCAAUCACCAUGCUGGUUAACUAGAAAGACUUGAAUGUUGCAAUUUAAAAAAAAAAAAAAAAUCUGUUACUGAAUCACUUUUUGAAGCAAUGUUAACGGCUCCUAAUAGAAUAAGGAAUUUUAGAAAUGUGUUCAUUUUGUCAUCCCU